AGACUGCACGUAUCGUAAAGGAAAACAAUGCCGUAUACAGGCCUCUGUUGGAUACUACAAUGGUCAAAGAAGACUUAAGAAAGGCCAAAGUAGAGCUAAAUGAAAUACCAAGCGAAAGGAAGAAGCACCUAGCGAGAGUGAGGGAAUACUUAGCACGAGAAAAAGAUCUGCUUACUCGGACAGACGACGAGUUUCUUCUUCGAUUUUUGCGUGCUCGGAAGUUCAACGAUGAAAGAGCCGCCAAUUUGGUCAAGGAUUACUAUAGGUAUCGAGGCAAAAAUCCAAUGCUAUUUCGUCGUCCAAAGGACAUGGAAAGUAUUUUAAGAUGCAAUAUUUUUAACUACUUGGCCCAUAGAGAUGCACAAGGAAGAGCUAUCUUUGUAAUGAAAAUUGGUCUGUGGUGUACUGAAACCUACACCUUCAAGGAAUUUGUUGGCGCUGGAAACGUGCUAAGCCAGUGGGUCGUGAAGAAUCCAGUAACACAGGUGAAUGGUUUCGUAGGCAUCUGGGACUUCAAGGAUUACUCGUUUGCCCAUUUCUCAAACUCUUGCACUCCUCGACUCAUGUGGAUGUUGUGCUCCCUCAUGCAGGACUGUUUCCCUGGCCGCUUCAAGGUAGCUUACUGUGUGAACUGCCCUCCUUUGGCCGAUGUCGUGUGGAAAUUGUUCAAACCACUUAUCAGAGAAAAAUACAGGAAAAGGAUCGUGGUAUGUGGAAGUGACAUGAAGCUUCUGCACAAGUAUAUUCACCCCUCUGUACUUCCUGAAGAAUAUGGUGGGGUUUUGCCCCCCUCUGACUGCACCGAAGCCGUAGACAAAGUCUUGGAAAUCGACGAGGAGUGGGAAAAAGACAAACGUUACGGAUUUCGUCACGCCGUCUCUAAGUGUAAACAAGAAGAAGAUGAUCAGGAUCACAUCUCAACACAAACCGAAGAGGCCUGUAUGGCCUAAGAAUAAUUAAUCAUCUGCAUGUUCCUCAUGCCAUAGAUGAUAAUCUAAUUACUAUCGCCUUAUAAGUUACAGUAACAUUUUAAAAUAACACCAACCGAGAAUGUUGGCAACGAAAAUGAAAUGGACCACAAAAUAAACGGUGGAUUAUUCCGUUCCUUUUUAAAUGACUUCGAUAGUGCUUUUGUUUUGUUUAAAUGAACUGAAGGGAAUUACUGCAGUCAGAAAACAAAACAACAAUCAGAGUGUUAUUAAUGCAGUUAAUGCAAUAACUGCAUUAAUAAGUUACGAAAUCGACAUCAAUACUUGCAAGAGUGGUGAGAAAGUACUAUGUGUGUGCUAUAAAAAGUAUGAUAGCAAAGAAAGAAUUUAAUUCGAAUGGAUACGAUAUGUGCACUUUUCUCUCAGAUGGAUUUAGAAUCAACAGUUUAAUUUUAUUCCAUUUCAAGUAAGAGUACUUAUGUGGAUUUUUGUUCCAUUGCAACUCCAGUCAGUUUUGACAUUUCUUGUGCAAAGGCAUGGCCAUGUGGUUCAAAAAGUUUUUUAUUUAUUUUCACAAAUAUUUUGGUAUCCAUGUAGUAUGCGAUCUACCGCUUUUAGUUAUUUAUUUAUGUCAUAGAUGGCACCACUGAAACACUACUUUCAAUCAUGGGAAUGUAUACGAAAGCAUGAAUGAAAAUGGCACAGAUUUAAUAACACAUUAAGAUCUUAAUUCCGCUAAAUAUAAAGUUAUUUGAAAAGGACUGAGUUGACAAAUUUGGAGAGUUUUUUAGAAAAUAUCGCCAAACCAUCGAUAGUUAUCCUAACUCCUGGAAAGCAUUAUCAACAUAUUAAAAGAAAACAUUGUUAAAUAAUAAACUGUAAAAAUGAUGAUUAAAGAUGUAGUACACAAUUAAUACGAUAAUGCAAAUUAAAAACACAAAUGCGAAUUAAAAAUGAUAGUUGUUUUUCCCAGACACACAGUGAUCUGUUUUCGCUUAAGGAAACACCAGUGAACUGCACAAAUUCGACAUUGCACACAUUAAACAUUUUACAUAUAUAUUACAUUAUAUGUGUCACUGUUUUCUCCCUAUACACGCAGCUAUCUGUUACUACUACAAGAAUUUCAGGAGAAUUGCAGAAAUUCGACAUCGCGCACAGUCUAGGCAUUGAGCAUAUCGAGUGUUAGAUAGAUUAUAUGAUACAUUACCGCUGUUUUAAUAUACAAAAAUGCUGAAAUAUGCCACAAUUCCAUUAAUUGUGAUUAACAAAAAUAAAGAAAUAGAAAUAAAAUGUGUUGCCAAAAGAAAAUCAUUACGAAACAAUGAAAAUGUAGGCUUAAUUAAAUAAAAUCAUUACAUAACUCGGAAGUUGUCAAAUUUGUCUCCCUCUUUUUUCUACAAUUCAGGCAAUAUAAAUUCCGGUAUUUUUCACAAUUUAAUAACUAUAGCCUGAUAAAAUAAAAAUUUAAAAUUUUCAUUAGCGUUUAUAUUGAAAUGAUCGAUAAAAUGGAGAAAGGAAAUGAUAAAUGAAUAAAACCAGUAGAUCACAUAUUACAUGAUUAUCUGUAUGCUCCUUUAAUAGAUUAAGGAGGUAAAUUAUUACGACAGUAUCUACUGCACAAUAAAACGCUGUUAAAGAAAUAUAUUUAAAGGAAUCUUAGAUUUUUUUGUAAUUAAAUAAUGUGUGAGAGAAGAAACAUAUCUGGAAUCACUGUUUAAUCCAUUUCAAUGUGGUAUAUUUUAUUAUAUAAGUGCCUUUCUAUUAUAUGCAAUUUUUUAUAAUGUAUGUUUUGUGUAUUGAUGUAUUGUUGAUGGAUGCGUUGGCUUCUUUUUAAGUGAAGGAAAAUUUUCAAAUGACAUUUUUUUUUUUUAAAUUUUCGACUAAGUAUUAAAGAAAUUCCAAAAGGAAGCAUAAUAGACUAUCCUCUUAUAUGAAAUCUGCAACAAAUUAAAAAUAUUUACCUAUAUGCAUAUGUGUGAGCAUAUAUACAUUUUAAUUAUUAGUUAAAGAAAUCUAAAAUCUAAUAGACUUUUUUACUUUUAAUACCAUGUAAUUAAAUAUAAUCUAUAUACAAUAUAUUUUAAUAGCAAAUUCUUAUUAGAGCAAUAGUAUAAGCAAAUUAAAUAUAAUAAAAAUAUUUAAAUAAUUGAGCCGUCUAGUACACUAUUUAGUAUUUUAUGAAUGGUGCUGAAUAUCUUCGAAGAAAAUUCUACUAGAUCUGGUAUUUAUCCAUUAGACAAAUCUAAGUGCAAGAUUAUUCUUCUGUAGACAGACUGAAGGAUAACAUGUUAAGCUUAUUAUUUGAAUAACAUAAUAUGCAUUUGAUUUCCAUUAUAAAAUCGUUUACGUGUGCAUUAAUUUGAAACCUUAAAAGCAUAUUGACUAUUUACACUUAGAAAAACGUGUUUAAUAUUUCAUUGUUUUCAUAAGGAAUUUUAACAUUAGCCAUCGUCAAUUAUCUUUGUGUACUGCGUUGUAAAAUUCAAUUGUUUCUCUGAUAUUUGUCUCCAUACAUAUAGUAGUCGCCGCUUAAUGUGAUCACGCUAUUUUCCAUACCUAUUUUGAUAAUAAUGAAUGAUAUAAAAGCUUUUCUUGAAAUUAACAAUAGAAUUUAAUGAAUUAAAUGUAAAUAUGAGUAGAAACAUAUUUUAUUGUUUGAUCUCCAUGCGUAAAAUUAUCUGUUUUCACUUCAAAAAAUUAAGAGAAUUGCACAAGCUCGGCAUAGCGCACAGUCUCGGCAUUACGCAUGUUGAACAUUAUGUAGAUUAUAUAUAAUGAGAAGAUCUUUGAAAAUAUUGCAUUUACAACAUUUUGACUGAAAAAAGGCAGUUCAAAAUGGAUUGUUUGCAAGCUUUAUGCAAAAGUUCAUUUAUGAAUGGUUUCUAAUGUUUCUGGAAAUCAUUUGACCGAUGCUGUUUUCCAAAGGGCGUUCCUUAUAUCAGUCUUUAUAGGGAAUUUGAUUGUAUGUUCUUCAAAAAUUUUUUUACAUGAUGUGCUUGGAUUUGUUUUGGAAAGCCACUGUCAAGUAUCGUUUGUCCUUUUCUUCUUCUGAAUCAAAAAGACAGACCCGUGUCUGGUGGCUCUCGAAGAUAUAGUCAAUAUCAGAUAUAUUCAAAAUCUGCGUCAAACUAGACAAUAGGUUGCUUUAUUGCUUAGUUUUAAAUGGUUGACUAAAAUAAAAAACCAAGCAGUUGGGUAACUUAAUCCCUUGUUUCGUGAAAUUUAUCAGUCCGCUAGCAAAUUUUAAAACUUAGUUUAAUCGUUUUUGGAGAAUUUAAGUCGGUUUCAAAAAUUCGUUCUAUAAAAUUUUGAUAACUUUAAUAAACUUGUGGAUGACAAAAAAGCGAAAUAUUUUCCUUGUUUUCGUCUAUAAACAACCUGGACUUCUCCCCAUAUACACAGAGAUCAGUUUUCACUUCAAAAAUUUCAGAGAAGCUUGGCAUCGCGCAUAGUUUCGGCAUUGCGCACACUGAAUUUUAUAUAGAUUAUAAAAAAUGAUAAUAAUAAUUCAAUAAUAAUAUCAGAAUGAUAACAUUAACAGCGAUCACAUGAAGCGGCGUCUAAAAUAGUAAGUACAAAUGUAAACUAUUUAGAGGGAUAGUUUGCAGUUUUCUAUGAAGUUACGCAGAAGCUGCCAAAAUGGCUCGUACCGGAAAUGACGUAGUCGAGGUGAACUCACUGACAUAUACGAAUGCUAAAAUUUCUUCCAGUAAUUUAAAUUUUUGAAGUAAUGUAUCAUAUUUGAGUGACACCUAAUAUUGAAUCCUUUGUAAGAAACAAUCAUUCAUCUUUAAAAUCUAUUCUAAUAUGCAGAUUUGAGGUUUUAGUGUACAGUUUACAAAGAGGACAGAUACACUAUUGAUUUUUGAAACAAAUUUAAUUAUUUAAACAACGUAUUUUUUAUGUCAAAAUAUGACAAAAAAUCAAAUGAAAAUGAUUAUAAUGUUUUUAGAAAGGAAGCGUUUGUAAAGUUAUAUAUUUACACAAGCCAUAUACAUUACAGUUCUAAGAAUUUGUAAUUAUGUAUAUUUGUUUAAUAAACUUAAUAUUUUGUA